GAGGACGGUGGGAGGCAUCCCUCCCUGGGAGGACAGUGAGUGGGGCCCCCAGCCUGGCUCCGGCGCCCCUCUCUCACGCCUCCAGGCACAGGGGGCCAGGGCCAGCCUACGUGGCAGCGGCGCUAGGGGCGGGCAGGCAGAAAGGGAGGGACGGAGGCGGGCCGGCCAGAAAGUUUGUCGGCGGCCACUGUGGGAAUACCGGCCCCGGGGAUGCGCUCCCCGCUCCUCAGCGCCCGCAGCACGCCUGGGUGCCCUCCUCGCCAUGGGCCACCCACCCCCCCUCCUGCCCCUGUGUGCCUCUGUGUCCUUGCUGGGUGGCUUGACCUUUGGUUAUGAGCUGGCCGUCAUAUCGGGUGCGCUGCUGCCGCUGCAACUCGACUUCGGGCUAAGCUGCUUGGAGCAGGAGCUCCUGGUGGGCAGCCUGCUCCUGGGGGCUCUCCUCGCCUCCCUGGUAGGGGGCUUCCUCAUCGAUCGCUACGGCAGGAAACGCGCCAUCCUCGGGAGCAACGCGGUGCUGCUGGCAGGCAGCCUGAGCCUGGGCCUGGCUGGCUCCCUGGCCUGGCUGGUCCUGGGCCGCUCGGCGGCCGGCUUUGCCAUCUCCCUCUCCUCCAUGGCCUGCUGCAUCUACGUGUCAGAGCUGGUGGGGCCUCAGCAGCGGGGAGUGCUGGUGUCCCUCUAUGAGGCAGGCAUUACGGUAGGCAUCCUGCUCUCCUACGCGCUCAACUACGCCCUGGCCAGUGUCCCCCGGGGGUGGCGGCAUAUGUUCGGCUGGGCCACUGCCCCUGCCGUCCUGCAGUCCCUCAGCCUCCUCGUCCUCCCUGCUGGUACAGAUGAGGCCGAGGCUCACAGGGACCUCAUCCCCCUCCAGGGAGGCGAGGCCACCAAGCUGGACCCGGAGAGGCCAAGAUACUCCUUUCUGGACCUCUUCAGGGAACGGGAUAACAUGCGAGGCCGGACCACCGUGGGGCUGGGGCUGGUGCUUUUCCAGCAGCUAACGGGGCAGCCCAACGUGCUGUGCUAUGCCUCCACCAUCUUUCACUCGGUCGGCUUCCGCGGGGGAUCCUCCGCGGUGCUGGCCUCGGUGGGGCUGGGCGCUGUCAAGGUGGUGGCUACCCUGACUGCCAUGGGGCUGGUGGACCGAGCGGGCCGCAGGGCCCUACUAUUAGCUGGCUGUGCCCUGAUGGCCCUGUCGGUCAGCGGCAUAGGCCUCGUCAGCUUUGCUGUGCCCAUGGACUCAGGCCCAAGUUGCCUGGCCAUGCCCAAUGCCACCGGGCUAGCAAACCUCCCUGGAGACGCGGACCAGCCGACGGGAUUGUCUUCACACCCACUGCCAACCGCCAGCAAGAACCAAGGGCAGCCAGUCUCAUCAACCUCCGAGAAAACCAGGCGCCACCCCAGAGCCGGGGACCCCACAACCCCUCCUGGGCCAGCCCUAAGCUCCGCCUCCCAGGCACCGCCUCCUCCUGCCGCAGGGCGAGCCCUGAUGCACUGGACGGCGCUGGUCUGCAUGAUGCUCUUCGUGAGCGCCUUCUCCUUCGGAUUUGGACCAGUGACCUGGCUUGUCCUCAGCGAGAUCUACCCCGCGGAGAUCCGAGGGAGGGCCUUCGCCUUCUGUAAUAGCUUCAACUGGGCCGCCAACCUCUUCAUCAGCCUCUCCUUCCUCGACCUCAUCGGCACCAUUGGCCUGUCCUGGACCUUCCUGCUGUACGGGCUGACCGCGGUCCUUGGUCUGGGCUUCAUCUACUUAUUUGUCCCUGAAACGAAGGGCCAGUCGUUGUCAGAGAUAGACCAGCAAUUCCAGAGGCGGCGGUUCGCCCCGAGCUUUGGCCACAGGCAGAGCACAGCUGGCGUCCAGUACAGCCGCAUGAAGGUCUCCGUGGCCUCCUGAGGAGUCCAUCUGCUGGGAAAACGCCGGAACCGUGGUUUUAGCAGACUGUCUCCAGCUCCCUGCUCGCCUGGGCCCCAGAGCUCAAGUUCUAGGUGGCCCUUUGAGGCUGACCCCUGCUCCAGAGGAGGUCGUGUGUGCUAGGGUGGAAAGGACGAAAGUCUGAGAACCCGGAAGUCUUCGUGUUCCGUCUCAGGCGCUGAGGGUUUCUGAGGAGCUGCCGCCUUGCCUCAGUUUCCCUGAGGACUCUGCACAUCUCUGCAGUACUUACAAUGAGAGCAUCCUAUGGCAUUUCCCCUGUUCCCUGGGCUUUCUCAAAGAGUCUCUGGGGCACCAGUCCUGGCAGGAAGUCCCUCCUGGCAUCACCCCUAAGUCCAGCUGAGGAUGCUGUAUUCUCUGCUUUCUUUUCUCAUCUGGCUGGGACUUCUCAGUGAGGGGGAAGCCUGUUUUUUUGGCUUUUAGAGAUCAGUUUUGUUCACCCCUCUAAUUCUCUUCCCCAGAACAUUUGCCAUUCACCAGCAGCCCAGGCUGGUUGAUGGGAGGCCUGAGUUCUAGUCCCGAUUCCGCUGGUGACAUUGCUCUGUGACCUUGGGCCUCAGUUUUCUCCAUAUGUAGAGUGGGGCACCUGGACCAGGUUGUUCUUAAGAUCUCUGCUGACACCGGUGAGUUGGGAUUCUAAAUGCUGGUACUACAACAAGUAUUCAACACGGGCCCCGGUCUCAAGUCACGCAUCGCCUCUCUGGGGGAUGGAGGUUUUAUCGGCAGAGAGGCCAAGAGCAGUCCAGACCCGUGUGCACUAAAAUCCGAGAGCACGGAACGAGCUGCCAGGAUGGUGCUGGUUGCCUUUUCAUGCAGAAAGAUGCUUCGGUGGCCGACAAACCUGGUCGUCAGUGCUGCCUGCACCUCUUGGCAGCUGCAGACCUUGGGUGAGAAACAGCUCCCUCGAGCCCCAGGGUCUGCCCCUUCUGUCUGGGGGUGAUCAUGCCCCCAGGGCUGUAUGUCACCCAAUUUCCCUGCAGGAAGGCCUUCAGCUGGUCCCAUUCAGCUAGUCAGGGAGUGGGGGGCCAUCUGUUCACCCCAGUACUCAGGCCCCCGCCUUCAGGAUGUUAUAAAGGGUUGUUCCCCAACAGGUGAGUCAGAUAGAGAUCAAACAGGUAGCUCAGGCCAGAGGCCACUGGCAGAGGAAGGGACGGGCAAGGAGUUCCUGGAUGCUGAGGGUGAAGAGCUAGAGUAGGCCCAGGUGCUGGCAUUGGGCGAGGCCUCAUCACCGUGCCUGCCUGCCUGGGUGCUGAUACAUCGCCCUCAGGACUGUGGUCCCUCAACCCCUCCCCUCUCCUUUCUAGAAACCGAUGCUCCUUGACUUACGACAUGCUUACGUCCCAGUGAACCCAUUGUAAAGUCAAUGCAUUCAGUACACCUCACCUACUAAACACCAUAGCCUAGCCUAGCCUGCCUUAACCGUGCUCAGAACACUUGCACCAAUUAGCCUCCCGUUGGACACAGUCAUCU